CUGCUCUUCUUCACUCUCACCUACACCUCAUCUCAAGCCGUGUCUCUUCCCACACGCACAUCCUCCCCGCCCCCCCUCCUCCUCCUCCCCUUCUCAUCACCUACUCACCCAAGUCAUUCUUUCGCCCGCUCGUAGGGACUUGUCACGCCGGCAGCACCGCACGCCUUUGCUCCCGUCUAUACGUCCCGUCCGUUCGUUUCAUUCAUUCUCUCCAAUCCCCGUCUGCUGCUCUUGAGCUUGGCCAGACCAAACAUCCUCCUCCUACACUACUACUAAUCUAGUCCACCACAUUUCCUGCCCGUCUGCAUUGCCAUUCAGACCAACUGUCCGGCCUGACGACGCAAACGACCCGUUCACGCUGCCCGAACAUCCCACAUCCCGACCUUUGUCACAUCGGAAGAGCCGACUUCGGUGCCUCAAUGCCUCUGUGAUUCGACGACGCAAGCCGAAGGAUGAAUUUGUUCGCGCCGCGUGCUGUACGGGAUCUGGUUGAUGGUCCAGUCCAUCACCUGGAGAUCCGAAACAUGCUGGAGCUGGGAAGCAGAGCGAUGCAGAUGGAGCCUCCUUCUCUGGCCCGCAGAGCUCCUUCGGCCGCAACGUCGUGCUCUAACAGCGCCAGCUCAGACACCUGCCAGAAGCCGACGGACGACUCUGUCACGCUGCCGGUUGCCCUCGGCGUUGUAAUCCCAAUGACGGUUGCGCUGGUGCUCUUUGUAUUCUUUCACCGCAAAUACAAGAAGAAGCUUCGAGCAGAGGAUGCUGCCGACGAGGAAAAGUACAGGUCCAUGGAUUUCGGUAUGGACUUGUCCUUCGGGCCCAACAAGAAGAAGAAGAAACUGCCCAACGGACUCGAGACGUCAAGCGUCAAGCAUACUCGUGGACUGUCCCUCGAAGACACCGAGAGCCCGUACUUCUUUCCAACUGGUGGUCGCAACUCCGUCGAGUCCUUGGCCUCUCUGGGCCGCUCGAUCCGUGGUGAUCCUUACCACACUGGCAAGGCGGAUGACAUGUCCAUCCGUUCGCCUUCACCUUUCACCCGCCGUGACACCAACUCAACCGCCGCACCGUCCAUGUUCGACACCAACGCUGGCCUGCUUGGUCACGCUCAAGGCAACCCACGCUCAAUGCCACCUCGCGGAACCUCAUUGCCACCUCCGCCACAUCUGCAUCCUCACGUUCAAGAGCCCGAGAAGGCAAUGCUUGCCGCCUCGUCUCCUGCUGCAGGCCAGACGAAUGGCGGACUUGCCCCUGCCGCCGCUGACCAGUCUCGUGACUCGUACAUGGCCGCAGCCGGUUUCAGGAAGAGCAACAACUACCUCGGCCAAUUCAUCCACAGCCGUGACCCGUCAGUCGACCCUUCGGCCGAGUCCAAGGAGAUGAAGACGGGCGAUGAAAGCCCAAAGGUUGACUCUGCGACGUCCACACUUCUCGGUAGCGAUUCGACUGGCAAGCAUUCGGACAGCGAGUAUUUCAAGGAAAUCGAGACCGGUGCUCCUGGUGUUGCUCUGUCUCCGCCCGCCACUACACGCUCUGCCCCAAGUGACAAGCCCGAGCAACAUGAGGUUCACGACAAGUAUCAGUCAGUUCAAGGUUCGAUGCACGAGGCGACACCUGGAGCCCACGAUCGCAACACUCACACGCAAAGCUAUCUUAGCGAGUAUAGCAACCAAGGCAUUGGUGAAACCGAGUUCAAGGUCACUCCCGCAUCCCCUCCAAGGCACUCGCAAAACACCACGGCGUCGGACCCAAGGCACUCAGACUACAGAAAUUCGACUUACUCGCAGGAGUCGGCUGGUGCCGUUCCUCCACGUGGUCAGUCGCUCAAUGCGCCUUUACCUGAGAUCCACGAGCAUCAUGAGCCUUACGAAGACAACCUCGAGGUUGACGAAGGUCUCAGAAAUCUAGACUUUGAUGUCAACCGACUGUCGGUAUUCAUGCGGCCGCUGCCUCCUGAUGACCCGGCCGAAAAUCCGGAGGAACGCGCCAACAGAAUUCGUUCCUUCUACAAGGAGUACUUCGACGAGGCUAAGCCAGGUCAGAACCCAGCCCCUAAUCGUUUCGCUCAACAACCGGGGCGAGGUGAUUACUACGAGGAUUAUGACGGCGAGUAUUUGAGCAACGGCUACAGCAUCUACGACGAGCAACAAAAGGGCUUCAUCGUCGGCGGUGCACCGUUCGCGCAGCCCAUCACUCGUCGUGCCAUGACCCCGCCUCCUCGUGCACCACCACGCAACUUCCGUGCGCGAUCCGGAAGCAAUGCUCCUGGCCCACGCUUCGGUGGUCCGCGUUCAGGCACUUCCAUGAGCGGCUACAUGACGCCUCCACGGGCUGGCUCUUCCAUGAGCAACUUCCGUUCGGGAGAACGCGGUCGGCCACGACAGAAGCCUCUUCCCCCGCCAGAGCCGCUCAUGUCGCUCAAGACUCCCGCUCUGCUCAAGGAGGAUUCCGCCUUGUAUGCCGCGUUUGACCUUGCUCCACCUCCGACCUUCCGCCAACGUCAAAACGGUAUGAGGCCAGACAGUCCGCUUGGCACGGAGCGGCCAUACUCACCAUCUGUCCGACCACACACCCCUCUACAGUCAUCAUAUGAUGAGCUCAGCCCGAUUCCCAGUCCGCAUUUGCUGCGCAAGUCUGGCACCUUUACAGCCCUAGACUUCGCACCAAGGCCACGUUUUGCAGGCAUUGACACAGGUAGCGACGCAGGCAGUAUUCGCAGUGGUGGAAGUGGUAUGUCCGCCGCGCAAGCAUAUGCCAUUCGCGCUGGCGCACAUCGUUUGAGCAGACUGCCCAAGGAACUUGCUGGUACAAAGGAUGACAUUAUGACCUCUUUGAAGCCGCGCUGGGACAUUGGAAGGUAAUCCCUUCGGGACUCGCUUGCAGUUACGGCUAACGGCGUAAUAAAAAGAAGAAACUGUAAAUAUGGGUGAAGGCGCUUUUUGAAUGAGCCAUAUGCACGAUUGCAUAUUCAUAGCGGUUGUUAUUUUUUUGUCUUAGGCGGGAGGGUUGAAAUUUGAGUAAUGACGGCGCAAAGCAUUCUACAAGUACAUUGCAAUUGCUAUUACGGCCGGGAUGGAUGCCUUCCUCAUCUCUAGGUUGCCGUUGUUCUCACUUCUGUGGGAUCCGUUGCACAAGUUCGCGCCUAGCGGAGCCGAGGACACCGUACUGUACAGUCUUUUGUUUAUUCUUUCGAUUCAUUGUUGCCGCUGUGCGAGCACUGGGGCUCACGCACCCGCACACAUGACAAACUGCAACACAGCAAAGCACAUCUGGCACGACCGCGCCCAAUCUGUACAUAUGACGGUUUUUUUUGGGAUAAUAAGUCUUUGGGAGGGGGAGGGGCGCGCGCUACGGACAAAGUAGAGUAGACUCGACGCAACGGAGAAAGAAUCAAGGUGGUUACUGAUCGAAAAUCUCUGACCCUAUGCCAAGUGCGUAUUCUGUGACUGAGCGAGUCGAGCGCUGCGCAAUUAAAAUUUGAGGGGGACGGAUCAGUUUUGAUUGAGCGCAACAGAAGUAACGAAGGUGAUUGACAAUGGUGAACAGGAAUUCGUGC